GUAGCCGUAGCAGAUCCGCGCUGCUGCCUCCUCUUCCUCCUGUGCUGCCUCGUCCCUCGGGCAGCGCCCAUCGUACACCGCCUGAAUACGGGCUUCGGGUCGCGCGUCGAAGUAAGCAAGGCGAAACACGCGGCUAGGCGACCAGGCCGGUCGGCUUCCUGAUGAGUACACGGGCAUAAUCAUUUAAUCAAUAGCUAUAGUUGGCGUUCGGGGAUUACUUCCUCCCAAGAAACUGGCUAAAAUGGUGAGCAACGAAUGUGGUUCCCUUCUUGGAGCGUAAAGGUCCGGGAUCAUAAGCAAGCCGUUUAACAAUCAAGAGAGCGGACGCGAUGACGACGGCGACCAAAGGCGCCGACCUGGACCGGCGCAUGUACGCGCUGGGCCCGACGGCGCUGGCGGACGAGGCCGCGAGCCUGCUCUGGGACGACGGGCGGCGUAGCCUGUACGCGGGGGACGCCGCGGGCUGCGACGCGGCGGCGGCGCCGGGCCUGACGCCGCUGCAGCGCGAGGUCCUCGGCGCCGCGACGCUGCUGCGGCGCCUGUGCGACGAGGGGCCCGAGUGGCGCGUGGCCGCCUGCGAGGCCCUGGCGGCGGCGCCGGCCGCGGUCGACACCGCGCUCGCGCUGCUCGCGGCCCCGCCGCGCUUCGGGACGGGCGCGCCGGCGGGCGCCUGCGCCGCGCGCCACGUCCGGCCCCGCGACGCGGCGGCCGGCGCGGCGGACGCGCCGCCCGACGCCCUGGGCGCCGGCGCGGCCGCGGUCAUGCGCCGCGGGCCCGCGGGCCUCCUCGCCAGCGUCGCGGCGGCGACGCACCCCGUGCUCGCGACGGUCGCGGGCUCGCGCUGGUGGCCGCGCGCGGCGGCGGCGCUGGCGCGCCUCGCGCGCGGCGAGGGCCACGGCGACGACGCACUGAGGGACGUCGCCGCGGACGCGCUCCGCCUCGUGCUGUCGGUCGGGCCGGUCCGCGCGGCAGCGCCCCUGGCCGCGGCGGACCGGGACCAGGUCUGCGGCGCCGGCGCGGACCUCGCGUGCGCCCGGGACCGCCGCUGCCUCGCCUGCUGCCGCCCGGCGACGCUCGCGUGCGCGUGCCGGCGCGUCGUCUUCUGCCGCCGCGGCCGCGGCGACUGCCAGCGCCGCGUCUGGCGCCAGCACCGGGCGGGCUGCCGCGCGGCGGCGCCCGCGCCGGUCGCCGCCCGCCCGGCGCCGGUGCCCCCCCCUCCGCCGCGGCGCGACCCGAGCGCCGCGAUGAAGGCGUACGACGAGGCCUGGGCGCGGGCGACCGCCCGCGCCUCGCCGCUCGACUACAGCCGCUUCGAGAAGAUCGACGUGUCCGACGACGAGGAGCCGCCGCGCGUCGAGCAGCCCUACGCCGCCCGGUCCAUCGAGUUCUGCCACCCGUCGACGUGGAAGCCGCCGCGCGCGCCCGUCGCGCGCGCGAGCGACGUCUCCCACCCCUCGAGCUGGGGCUGUUAAGUUUAACUGUAUUCCGUUUA